ACGGAGAGAGAGAGAGAGAGAGAGAGAGAGAGAAAUCACACGCUGUUCAUUCUCUGCAUUUCGACAGACUGUGGCUGAGAAAACACAGUGCUUUAUAAAAGGCAGUGCAGCUAGUGAGGUUAUGUGCUAAAUGUGUGUUAACUCCAAGGCCUCGGAGCCUGUAGGUGGGAUGCGAGCGUUGUCAAGGCGACAAGCUGGGGGGCGGGGCCUGGAGCAUCAUCUCAGAGAGCUGUAACACACACUGGGAAAGAGAGAGAGAGAGAGAGAGAUGCCUAUGCGAAUGAGGGGAGAUCGGAAACGCGGAGCAUCUCCUAUCAUCUGUCUCAUCAGCUCUAUAAACAUGCAGACGGAUGGACAGACACGUUGACGGAUUUAACAACAUGAAUUCACUCUGAGAGACAGCAGGAGAAAAGAAAAAAAAAGGUUUCUGUUAAACAGUGAAAAAACGCCGCGCUAUUUUAAGCCCAGGAGUCUCGGAUCAGAGGCGCUGCGUUUGGAUGAAGAGAUCAGACCCGGCUAUUCACUUUCGCCUUGUUUCCCAGUCAGCCUCAUCAUACAGGCAAUCUGUCUCUCUGUAAAUAGGAAUCCUCACAGCAAAAUCGACAAUAACAACUCGUAUCGAAACGCAUCUGAUAGCUGCUUGAUAGAGGUUUUCAGUUAACAUGAGAAUAUUUGGAGUUUGUCAGUAAGAGGAAAACCCACAGACGAGGGAAAUACAGACUGUCCACUGCACACUACACGACACGUAAAUCAAGGAUUUCUGUCAUCAUCUGAUCUUCUCAUCAUCAGGACUUCCAAGCGUGAUUGCCUGUGUGACCAACCCUAUGAGGACAGUGCCGGGCAAUGGAACGUAACAGACUUUUCCCCUUUGACCUUUGCCACAUCACAGCAACCUGCCAGGGCUGAGAUCACCCCUGGCAGCACUACGCCCUCGUCUUUGUUCUCCUCCCUGUCCCUUCUGUUCACCUGACCCCUUAUUCCUGUCCUUUCUGUCCACAGCAUCUUGUCUACCUAAAAAAGAUAACACCUCUUACACUCUAUCCUGGCGCCGUCUUACUGGAUAAUCACUUCACCUACCACCUUCUUGAUUUGAAGGAUAAAAAAGCAGAAAUGCCAAAAGCAGUCAUGCGCCCACCACGCUGGUGCAAGCAGGACUCGGGCUGUGCCUGCAGACUGGACACUCUCAGCUAUGUUUAUGUCCUGUGCCUAGCACUGUGGCUGUCUCUGGGUGCGUGUCAGCGCUCUGAACCCAGUGUCAAAAACCCAGUUGUCAGCACCAAUUAUGGAAAGUUGCGUGGACUCAAAAAGGAACUGAAUAAUGAGAUAUUGGGCCCUGUGGAGCAGUAUCUAGGUGUGCCCUAUGCCACACCACCCAUCGGAGACCGGAGGUUUCAGCCCCCAGAGGCACCUGGCUCAUGGCCUGAAGUGCGCAACGCUACUCAGUUCGCACCCGUGUGCCCACAGAACCUCCACGGCGUGCUCCCUGAGAUAAUGCUACCUGUGUGGUUCACUGACAGCCUGGAUGUGGCUGCUACUUACAUUCAGAACCAGAGUGAGGACUGCCUCUAUCUGAACGUCUACGUGCCCACCGAGGACGGUCCACUCACAAAAAAACACGAUGAAUCUACAAUGAACCGGCCACGAGACGAAGAUAUUCGUGACCGCAGGAAGAAACCUGUCAUGCUGUUCAUUCAUGGUGGCUCGUACAUGGAAGGAACCGGAAACAUGUUUGACGCAAGCGUGCUGGCAGCUUAUGGCAAUGUCAUCGUGGUCACCAUGAACUACAGACUGGGUGUGCUAGGGUUUCUCAGUACUGGAGAUCAAUCUGCUAAAGGGAACUAUGGGCUGCUGGACCAGAUCCAGGCUCUGCGCUGGCUGAAUGAGAAUAUUGGCCACUUUGGAGGCGAUCCAGAGCGCAUCACCAUCUUCGGCUCAGGAGCUGGAGCCACUUGCAUCAACCUGCUAAUCCUUUCCCAUCACUCGGAGGGCCUCUUCCAGAGAGCUAUUGCGCAGAGUGGUUCAGCCAUCUCCAGCUGGUCCAUCAACUAUCAGCCACUGAAGUACACCAAGAUUCUGGCACGUAAGGUUGGCUGCUCAUACAGUGAGACUGCUGAUCUGGUGGACUGCCUGAGGAGAAAAAGCUUCAGGGAGCUAGUGGAUCAGGAUAUACAACCCGCACGCUAUCACGUUGCCUUUGGCCCUGUGGUAGACGGAGAUGUGGUGCCUGAUGACCCGGAGAUUCUCAUGCAGCAGGGGGAGUUCCUGAAUUAUGACCUUUUGAUUGGCGUGAACCAGGGAGAGGGGCUGAAGUUUGUGGAUGAUGGUGGCUCAGAAAGUGAGGAGGGAAUUUCAGCUGCAGCCUUCGAUUACACUAUCUCCAACUUUGUGGACAAUCUCUAUGGAUAUCCUGAAGGUAAAGACAUUUUGAGGGAGACCAUCAAAUUUAUGUACACAGACUGGGCAGAUCGUGAUAAUGGUGAAAUGAGGCGUAAGACCCUCCUGGCAUUAUUCACAGACCACCAGUGGGUGGCUCCAGCUGUGGCCACUGCCAAGCUGCAUGCAGAUUACCAGUCCCCAGUGUAUUUCUACACAUUUUAUCAUCACUGCCAGACAGAAACACGGCCUGAGUGGGCAGAUGCUGCACAUGGGGAUGAGAUCCCAUAUGUGUUUGGUGUGCCCAUGAUUGGAGCAACUGACCUGUUCCCCUGCAACUUCUCCAAGAAUGAUGUCAUGCUCAGUGCAGUGGUCAUGACCUACUGGACCAACUUUGCCAAGACUGGCGACCCUAAUCUUCCAGUCCCCCAAGACACCAAAUUCAUCCAUACAAAGCCAAACCGCUUUGAGGAGGUCAUCUGGACCAAGUUUAAUUCUAAGGACAAGCAGUACCUGCAUAUUGGCCUGAAACCACGUAUCCGUGACAACUACCGUGCCAACAAGGUAGCCUUCUGGCUGGAGCUGGUGCCUCACCUUCACAACCUGCAUGAUGAACUCCCAUUCCUGACCACCCGUCUGCCUCCACGACCUCCACACUGGAAGAGCCCCGAUUCACAUGCCACACGCUCACCAUACCCCACCUUCCCUCCAGAUCCAGAUCCUGAAGGCUCAGAAAGGCCACGUUUUUCUCCAUUUCCUAGUGAUGCACGUGACUACUCCACUGAAUUGAGUGUCACAGUGGCAGUGGGAGCAUCUUUGCUGUUCCUCAACAUCCUGGCAUUUGCUGCUCUUUACUACAAACGAGACCGGCGACAUGAAUCACGGCGUCACCGCCUAUCUCCACAGCGUGGCGUGCCAGCCAAUGACCUGGCACACAGCCAAGAGGAGGAGCUCAUGUCUCUGCAGAUGAAGCGCUCUGAGCAGCGUGAUGUGGAGCCACUGCGACCAGCCUGCCCACCAGACUACACUUUGGCACUACGGCGGGCACCAGAUGAUGUUCCACUUAUGACUCCCAACACCAUCACCAUGAUACCUAGCAGCAUUGCAAGCAUGCAGCAACUCCACCCCUUCAGCGCCUUUCCCUCCACCACUGGCCACAACAACACACUGCCUCACCAACACUCCACCACCCGUGUAUAGUACUGCCCUCUUUUCCUGACCCUUCUCCAUCCUUCUCUCAUGCUCCCUGGUGAUGAAGUACAGUGGGGCCUCCUGGUUGUUCUCUUAUAGACACACAUGAACAGCAUGAAUGAGCCGCACAUGUUUGCAUUAGAGAAACUGCUUUUUUAGAUGAAACAAGCUACAAUUAGAGAGAGAGAGAGAGAGAGAGAGAGGAGGAGAGAUUGUUAGAUUUUUCUAGUUUUCUUGUUUUCUUUGCUCUUCCCUCUCUAGGCUGAAAGACUAUAUUUAUCAGCCUUACAGUUCUUAUCUCAACAGAUUCCUCUAGUGUUUUUGUCUUUUUUGUCUUUACUCUCUAUUAUUUUUGUCUUUAAUCUUGUUGCUCUACAUCUCUGUCCACAUCAAAUCCUCUGGACAUGCUCUGUGAUCUAGUGUAAUAUGCAGGGAAGUCUGUUUUAUAUACAACAUAUGUGUAAUAAGCAUAUGAUACACAACACAUCAUUCUGUACUUUCUACCAGCAAUCUUGGUGCCAAGUACUUUAGUGUACCCCUGCAACAAGAUCUGAAAAACAUCUGAGAAAAUAACAUCACUGAUCUGGCAAUGGAAAGAAUGUGCCAGCUUGCCUCCUUUUUGUCAUAUCUUUUUGCUGUCUUAUUCAUUCCCCUUUUUCAUAAGCGAAAUCAAGUGUCUUUCUUCUUGUAUAUAUAAAUCAGUGGCAGAGGUUGAUUGUUUAUCUACAGGUACAAUUGGCCACAAUAGCACUGUUUUAACAAAUUACUGAACAUCUCAUAGAAAAGCUCAAAAACAUUCUUACCUGCUUUGCUCUCAUGUACAACACCACUGUAUUUCUGGCCACUUGUGGUGAUACUCUGAUGUUCUUUCAUAUCAAUGUAUAAUUAUUGGUGCUAUUGUUUGAGAUUUGGCCACUGUAGAAGGCAGUAUUUUAUCUUCAAUAUACUAGUGAACUAUCAUAAGAUGGAGUUGUUACACAUAUGAUGCACAUAUGUAGCCAUUUUUCAGCUUGUGAAACAGGGCUUGGGAAAAAUUUUUACAGGGUUACACUUGUUUUUCAGCAUUUACACUUCAUUCUUUUAUCCUCUUGCUUCUCCUGUCUGCAUUUGUGUAUGUGCAGAGCGGUGUGUAUGAGCUGUGAGAUGCAUGUCAGCAGCACAUUUCUAACUGAAGGGUUAGAAGUUAAAAAAAAGUAAAACAAGAAGCAGUGCCAGAAAGACUAUGAGGCAAGUUGCAGACCUCUAAUGUAAAUUUUACUUAAUUUUUUAGCUUUUUGUCAACAUUCAGGCACACUAUUAUACAAGCUGCUUCUGAGCAUGUAGUGAAUCUUUUUUUGUAUACAUUUGUGAGCAAAUUUAAGUGAAGCAGAACCCUAAACAUAAAAUUCAUAACUGUGUGAUGUAACACUGCACGCUCCAUAUAUAUGGUUACAAUAAGCACAGAGAAGGGAGGCGCUAAAUUUAAUAUUCAGAUUAGAGCAGAUGGACCCUCCAAGAUACCUAUGUGAUCAAGACUGACAAAAAAGGCCUUAAAGUACAACACAAUGAGGAUGCAUCAUUUUUAAGCUCGCUUAGUUUUAUUUUUAUCACUGUAUAACCUGAUUGUACUGCACAUUCACUGACCAUCUCUUGAGAUUAGGAAUAUAUGUGUCCAUGAGAGAAGGAAGGCCUGACACAAACCCACAGAAUUAUGAAAGAACACUUUAUUUCUCCAUUAUUGUUUACUGCCAUAUCAUUUUUUGUUCUAUUCUGAGUUCUGUGAGAGUGAAAGGGUGGAGAUGUGCACUUUUGUCUACAAGCUCAUAUGUGGAAGAACUUAUAGACUGCUGCUGUAGCUAACUGAGACUGAAAAGCCUGAAAGCAGGCCAAAGUCUAAUGCUGCACAGUGUAUUGUAACAUAUAGAAAUGUCUAUAGCAUUGCCUGAUCUGGUGAUCCAGUAUGCUGGACAACGACAAAUUGGAUUCAGUUCAUAUUGGAUUCAAACGUAGAGGCACACAAAACCAUCAAUACAUAAACAACAGACUGUUUCUUGUGAAAACAACUGUGAAUAAUGAUUCAGAGUUUUACUUGUUGGACGGUUCUGCCCACGUGAUCACCGUUUGUGGUAGAAAACAUGGCCAACCUUAACGAAGCAUACCAGAAUGGAAAUGGACAAUAGGUAUAUACAAAAAAAAUCUUUAUUUCUCUGAGUUUUUUGUAAGCUGAACCACUAGAGGGUGACAUUGUGAACAAUGGAGAUUUUCUUCUCCCAAUGAAGCUCCGGGUUCUCAGAAAGCAUAUACUAAGCAAAGAAUAUAUACAGCGAAGAGGACUUUACUGUACAUUUUUCAGUGUAAAAAAAAAACCAACAAAAAUAUUUGUAAAUAUUCUGUUUCUUGUUUGUUUGUUUGUUUGUUUGUUUUAUGAGUGAAUGAAAUGCUUACUUUGUGAACAGGACAACAGGUGCAAGUUUAAUUCAGCCACCGCAGAGGUCAGCAUAUAAACCAACAGGAAGGUUGUAUGCUCUUCAGAAUAAAGAAAACUUCAAACUGACUGUGACUUAAAAAAUCAUCUGUCAUCCCCCUAAUUAAUUUUAUUCUGGUUGUUCAUUCAGUAAGUUGUAGUCACUGGUUUCAGAUGAUGAGUCACUGUGUGUGUAAUGGAGUCUAGUAUGAAUUUCUCUGCUCCUGGGGCCUCUUACAGUAGCAUUUAAACAAGAAAGCAGCAUAGGUAAUGUGUAAGAUUGCCUCCAUUUCAUUAAAAAGAGAAUGUAUCUUACCACUGCUUAAGCACUGGUCAACGUUUGUUCAUCUCGUUUUUGAGACAUUCAUUUUACAAAAUGAUAAACCUUUCUGCUUUCAUUUUCAAAAGCAACUACAAAAAUCUUACCAUAUUUAUGACUACCAUUUGGUAAGUACUUGCAUUUUCUACAUUAAUAAUCCUGGCAGAUUUAUGGUUUAAAUAAUGGGAGAAAAAAACAAAAGAAGCACAUAAAAUCCCCUUGGGAAAAAAAUCCUUCUGAUGAUUAGAUCUGCUGUGUACCAGACCUGUGCCUGUUGUCUUGUUCUUACUUUCUUUGUUGAAAAUCAGAAACCCGAUAUGAUGAAAAAAGUGUGUUAAUAAUGGACUUAAAAUGAUUAUUAUAGAUGAUUAUUAAAAAAAAAGAAAAUAUAUAAAUAAGGAGAUGAUAUUUCUGUUUGAUUUAGAAAUUAUUCCACACUGUAUGCUGUGACUCUGAUCUGGGAAACAUUAAAUACAUUCAUAGCCCGUUACCCGUCACUGUUUGUUUACUGAAUAACCAUGAUUCUUUAUCAGCUCACAGUGUCAGAUUUAUUUACACUACACUGGAAAAACUGAUACACUUAAAACUCACAUCAUUAACCAUGAUUUGGUUUUAAACAAAAAAACGGUUCUCAGGACAUGUUCUCAGGACAUGAUGUGAAUAUUCAACACCUGUAAAAGUUAUCAGAUUCAUCUGGAUUACAAAUGAUUCUUACACUGUUUGUUCUAGCUGUAUUUUUUUUUAUUGCAGUUAAAGUAAAUUUUCAAGUCAAAAUGAUUAUUUAUCAUAUGAUUUUUUUAUUUAUGCAUGCAUAAAUAUUCUACCC